AUUUGCAGGAUCAGGGAGUCCUCAUCCUCCUCACGCCCUCGGAUGGCCCGUGUUCCCGGCAGCCGCUGGCCCUGCUGGCCCUGUUCCUGUUCUCCUCGCCGCGCUCGCUCGGCCCCCGAGCGGAAAAACGCGCUCCGAGGGCCAUCAGGAAAUACGGCGACAGGAGGGACAUCCCCUGGAAAGUGGCCUCCCUCCUGCCGGGGCUCCGCUACGCCCUGAGGAAAGCCGGGAGCUGCCCCUGGAAUGACUCGGUCAGCGCCAGCACGCGCAUCAAGCAGCACUUCCAGGAGUACGCGAAGCUGGGGCAGGACCCGGAGCCCGAGGGCGGCGACCACCUGAGCCUUCCCCCCGCGGAGGAGGGAUCCAGCCCCUUCCAGAGGUUCCCGGAGAAGUCCCUGUGCCAGCUGCGGCACUACCUCCUCAACCCCAAGAGCUACACCCUGAAGCUGUCGGCGGCCACCGGCUGCUUGAAGGGGGACGGGCAGUCCCUGCUCGGCGCUGCUGCUGCUGCUGCUCCUGCCCCGCCUGCCGCUCCCAGGAGGGAAUCCCCCAAUUCCCAGGGCGGGGCAGAGCCCGAGGGAGAUCCCAGCGAUCCCUGGGGGGAGCAGGGAAGGAGGAAAUCCACCCGGCUCCUCAUGAGCAGGAAGAGGGGCUCGGCGGAGGCUCCCGCGGGAGAGGAUGGCAGGAGCGCCAAGAGGAAACCCAGCGCCGCUCCCUCCUCCAAAAGGGCGGGAUCCGCAGGGAAUUCCAAGGGGUCCUUGCUUAAAUUGGCCAAUCUGCAGCUUCCACACGGGAGGAAAAGAGGUGCCGAGGUCCUGUCCGCCAAAAUCAUCCGCAAAUCCCCGGAGAAGCCCGCGGAGAAGGGAAACGACGCUCCCGGCAUUCCCGAUUCUCCCGACGCUCCCGAUCCAGCAGCAAAGAGAGCGAAGGCUGCGGAGAGCCCAGACACCCCCAGUCCUGUUCCCGACCCCGUUCCCAUCCGCAUGGAGGUGCCUCGUGCCGAGAGAGCCCCGACUCCAGUGAAAAACAAGGAGCAGGAAAGUCCGGAGCGCGACCCAUCCCAAGCUCGAGGUGACGGCGGCCGAGCGGGAAGCGAGUUGCAGGAGCUGCUCCCCGACCUCCCAGCCCAAGUCUCUCCCCAGUCCCACGGAGAGCAGAGCCAAGGGAACGAGUGUUAUCCGGCUGAGCUCGGGAACGAGUGCGACUCGCACGGGCUGAACCUGCUGGCUGACCUGGCCCUGGGCUCCUGCGUGUCCCUCUACAUCCCCCAGGACAUGGAGGGGACCCCUGUGUCCCCCAGCACCGAGGUGGUCCCUGUGCCCCUCAGUGCUGAGGUGAUCCCUGUGCCCUACAGCCCUUCCAGCGACUCCUCCCAGGACGAUGAGGGGAUCUCGGUGUCCUACAGCUCUGGGAUGGUCCCUGUGUCCCACAGAACUGGGGUGACCCCCAUGUCCCACGGAACUGGGGUGACCCCUGUGUCCCACAGCACUUGGGUGAUCCCUGUGUCCCACAACACUGGGGUGAUCCCCGUGUCCCACAGAACUGAGGUAUUCACUGUGUCCCACAGCACCGGAGCGAUCCCCGUGUCCCAGAUCACCGGAGUGAUCCCUGCAUCCCACAGCACUGGGGUGAUCCCUGUGUCCCACAGCACUGGGGUGAUUCUUGUGUCCCACAGCACCGAGGUGAUCCCUGCGUCCCACAGCACUGGGGUGAUCCCUGUGUCCCACAGCACCGAGGUGAUCCCUGUGUCCCACAGCACCGAGGUGAUCCCUGCAUCCCACAGCACUGGGGUGAUCCCUGUGUCCCACAGCUCUUCCAGUUACUCCUCCCAGGGUGCUGAGGUGAUCCUGGUGUCCCAGAGCCCUUGCAGCGACUCCCCCCAGGGCGCCGAGGUGAUCCCGGUGUCCUACAGCACUGAGGUGAUCCCCGCGUCCUCCAGCCCUUCCGGCGACUCCCCCCAGGACACUGAGGACACUGAGGUGAUCCCUGAGGUGACCCCGGUGUCCCCGAGCCCUCCCAGUGCCUCCCCCCAGGAGCAGCAGGGCCGUCCCCAGCUCAGAUCCCCACGUGCUGCUCCCGCUCCCGACCCCAAGCACCAGCGGCCUGGAAGACGAGCCGCCUCCGCCGGGAAGGAGCCACCCAACCAGGCCCUUCCCGCCGCGGGAAAACCGGGAUCCAACGCAGGAAAACCGGGAUUCAACGACUCCACCACCGCCACCGCCGCUCCCAGGGAGAGAACCUCCGGAAUUCCCAGCCAGAGCGGCGUGAGGCCGGGAUGGGCCGGGGAGAGGCAGCACUGCGCCGUGGCCCUGGAGCACUCCUACGCCAUGGUGGGCCCGCCGGAGCCACGCAGGAGAGGCACCAAUCCCCCAGGAACGAGUCCCCCGGGAACGAGUCCCCCAGGAACGCCCACCUCCGGAGCGGCCCCCGCCCAGAACGGCACCGGGAGAGCCCGGGCGGGCCCGCUGGUGGGGAAGGUGCUGCCGUUCCGGCGCCAGCCCGGCGGGUCCCGCCCGCCCUGGGUCCCCGAGGGCGCCAGGAGCAGGACGGGCUCCGGCAGGGACAAGGAGGACUUCGCCAAGUGCCACACGGUGAGGGCGCGGGGCAAGUCCCUGAAGGUGACGCUGCAGUGGGACGGGCACUACGCCCACAACCUGGACACCCGCUACACCAACAACAUCCUGGAGAGAUCCGUCAUCCGCGCCCUGCACGGGCCCUGGGACUGCAGCCUGCCCGAGACCGUGGAGGACAUGAAGCUGAUCCUGCACACGUGGGUGGCCCUGUUCUACAGGAGGCCCUCGGCGCAGCUCAACAGCUCGCGGAAGGUGGUGGAGCACCGCGACCCCAAGAAGUACGUCCUGCUCAACAGCUCCAACGGCUCCUGGGACCUCAGCGACGACGACCUCGAGCCCCGCGGCCGCAAGACGUGCCCGGCCGACUCCAGGUCCGACCCCGACCAGACUCCCAGCAGCUCCGUGGAUCCCGGCACUCCCAGGAAAGGGUCCUCCCGCCGGGAGAAGGGCCGGCCGCACUUGCGGUUGCGGAGCUACGCCAACGGCGCUGCCGGAGGUGUGGACAGCACGGUGUCCUCCUCCUCCGGGGAGCUGCCCGGCGAGGAGGAGGAGCCUUCCUCCACCAGCUGUCCGGAGAGCGUUCCCGAGGGCGUUCCCAGCGCCGAGGAGAGCCUGGAUGAGGGAGAGGGGCAGCCGGGAAUCCCCGAGGAUGUCUCGAGCGUCACCGCGGAGGAGCCGCCGGAUGCCGCGAUCACCCCCGGCCCUUCCGAGGAGCCAGGCACGGAAAACUCCCGCAGCCCGGCCCCCAAUUCCAGUGCAGCUCCAUGCACAGACAGCCAGGGUGGAAUUCCAAGAGAUGGGGAGCAGCAGGAGGCAGGAGCAGGGCGUGGUUCUCCCAGGGAUUCGGAGAGCGCGGGGGAUACCGGACACGCCACGGAGGUUGAGGACAGCAGGGACAGCAGCCGGGCCACCGGUGAUCCACGGGAUUCCGUGCCCUUGGAAGCGAGUCCUGGAAGUGCGAGCCAUCCACGACGUGCCCGCGAUUCCGUGCCCUUGGAAGCGAGUCCCCGGAGUGCAAAUCUUGCCGGAGCCAGCGAGGAAGGGCUGGAAUCACAAGACCCCUUCGGACACCUGGAGAAAGAGGAGGGAGAGUUGGAGGAGGACAAGGAGGAGAACGAGGAGGACUUUGAGGAAGUCCUGGGGUCUGUGGAUUUGGUGUUGUCCGAGAGCAGCGACACCGAGAUGGAGAGCGAGCACAGCGACCAGAAAACAGGGAGUUCCCCACUUCCAGAGGACUUCGGUGCUCCCGGAGAGGACUCUGUGCCCAGCCCCUCCUCCUUGGCAUCGCCCCGCUCGGGCAGCUCCACACUGGUGAUGUCUGACAGGACUUGGACUGGGAGUUGGAGUGGGAUUGACUCUCCAGGGCUUCCUGGGGAGAGGGCACCGAGCGUGGAUGAGCCCCCGGAGCCCUGGGAUGCUCCGGCCACUCCGUGUUCGGAGACAGGUGGUGUUGGCGUGGCCAGUCCAGCCCGUGUGGGGUCACCCUGGGACAGUGGGGAGAUGAUCCCACCUGAUCCAGGCCUUUUCCAUGGGGCACAGCCAGACAGUGUUACAGGCAGCCCAGAACCUGCUGGAGAGACACUUGGGAAUGACUUGGAGCAGAAAGACAGGGAUCACGUGACCGCUGAAGAAAAGUGGGAAUCUUCAGAUGUGAGGUCACCCCAUGACAGUGGAGAGACGUUCCCACCUGAUCCAGGCCUUUUCCACAAGGCACAGCCAGUCUGUGGAGCUGCUGGAGAGACCCUUGGGAAUGACUUGGAGCAGAAAGACAGGGAUCACGUGCCCGCUGAAGAAAGGUGGGAAUCUUCGGAUGUGGGGUCGCCCCGUGACAGUGGAGAGACGUUCCCACCUGAUCCCGGCCUUUUCUAUGGAGCACAGCCAGACAGUGUUACAGGCAGCUCUGGAGCUGCUGGAGAGACACUCGGGAAUGCCUUGGAGCAGAAGGACAGGGAUCACGUGCCCGCUGCCGGGAACAGGGAUGGCCUGGAGUCCCCACACAGCCAGGGCCUGGCACUGCCCUUGUCCCCUCACUCCAACUCUGCCUGCCUGAUGUCUCCCGAUGGAUCCAUCGAUCCCAGAGCUGCUCCAGGGGACCAGGAGACCACGGCAGGCUUCCCGUCGCCGUCACGGCGCGACCUGGGCGGGAGCAGCCGCUUUUCCCGGGAACAGGGAGAUGAUGUCGGUGCUGAUCCCGGGGAGCCAAACCAGGAAAGGAGCGAGGUUUUGGGGGAAGAAGAGCCUGGCAGCCCUUGUUCCAACGGCACAGGAGUGCCGGAUGAUCCCAUGGGAGCAGGUGGUGGCCAGGACUUCCCCUUGGACUACGGAGCAGCGGGAGGUGAUCCCGGGGCUGGGGAGGGUGAGGAUGUGUGUCCUGGUGCAGAGAAUUCCCCCAGGAGCGACAGAAUGGACACAGAGAUGGUGGGUGACACUCCACAGGAGCCAGAGAUGCCUCUCCAUCCCCCCCUGGAGUCAGAGCCCUCCUCCUUGGAGAGGGAAGGGAUGUCAGCCCUGGACGAGCCCCCCGGGCAGCGGCGGAGCUUCCCACACAGCCCCUCCCCAUCCAGCCCUGGAUACUCAGCUCCUGCUUCUCCUGCUUAUCAGGAAGACACAGAACCCCCCAACUCGGAGCACAGCCCGUGGGAGCCAGCCCUGGGCCAGCCCUGGCAUUCCUGGGAGGAAGGAGGCGCUCCAGAGGGGAGUGUGGGUGCCCGGAACCUGGAGGGCUCCAUAAAUCCCAGAUGUUCCGGAGGGGUGAUAAGAUACCCUGCUCCACGCCCCGCAGGGCGGGCACGGGGCUCCCCUGUGGAUGAGCUUCCAAGGGAGCCAAGAUCCAGGUCUCCUCCUCCUCCACACAGUCUCCAGGAUGGUCUCCACGGCGCCAAACCGGCCUCAGUCCUGGAUGUGAGUCCCGGGAUGGUCCCUCCCGGCACGGAUUCGGCUCCGGACGAUGCCUCGUGGUCCUGCUCCCCCUGUGCCAGCCCCGGGAGCCAAAGGGAGGAGCCCAUCCCGCCUGAGGACUGGGAAGAAGGAAGAAGCAUCCCCGUUUCCAGCGCUCCAUCUUCUCCAGAGGGGGAUUUUCUCGAUCCGUGGCACGAGCCCCGCUCCGCGUGGGAGGACAGCGGAUCCGAGGAAUUCCCUGAUCCCUGGGAUGAGGAAUCCGAGGCAUUCCCUGAUCCACACCGUGCCAGCUGGGACAUGGGACCCGAGGCAUUCCCUGAUCCACACCGUGCCAGCGCAGAGGUGGAGGAGGGGGAAAUCCUCACUUCCCCCAUCCCUGCGUUACCGUUCCGCGAGCACAGGGAUCCCUCUGGAGAAAGGCUGGAGUUCAGCGACGCCGAGGACGCUUUGGACACGUUCCCGAGGGCACAGCAGCUCCUCAGCAGGGACACACGCAGGGCCGUGGCCUUUCAAGAUCCAUUGGACCUUUCAUCCAGCGACUCCGAGCAGGAAUAUUUUGGGAGGAACCCACGCCCCCCGCUUCCAGCCAGGGCUUCCCGCGGCGCGAGAUCCGUGGAUGCCGCAGGCACCAGGACAAACGGCAACGACUCCUCCGUGGAGGGGCAGGGAGACGACUGGGGCCAGGGGCUCCCCAGGGAUUCCCGGCGCUCCGUGAUCACCCGGCACCGCCGGGAGAGGCCUGGGAAUUCCCAGACUCUGAGGAGGCGGUGGCGCCGCCCGGGGGAGUCCCAUUUGUUACGGAACAACUUGCUGGGCGACUGGAGGGGCUCCGAGGAGCUCACCCAGAACACCCUGGACAUGGAGUGUCUCCGUUUCCAUUAUAAGCUAAACCAGGUCCUUGGGAAUAGGAAACCGCCCUUUUCUACCUCCGAGAGCAUCUUCCCAAGAGACUUUUCCCGGCGGGACCCUCCGGCCCCGCUGUCCGCGCAGGGCAGGAGCCCCUUGCAGGUGACCAUCCCACCCUCGCACACGUGGCCGGGCCGGAGCAGAUCCCGCCGGCAGAGGGGCUGGCACGAGGAGGACACCCCCGGGGACACCAGGAGGAGAUCCCCAUCCUACUCCCGACCCCCCUUCCGCCUCGGGAAGCUCCGCCAGGAUGGCCGGCCACCGGAUUCUCCGGGGGACGUCACCGUCGUCCUGGACGAGUAUUCCGAGUUGCCGAGGGUGGUGCUGAGCAGGGCGGACACCGGGAAGGAGGGCGGAGGGCACGGAGAGCCCCGGGAUGCGGGGCCGGGCCCGUCCCGGCGCGGGAGGCCCUUCCAGGGCAUGAUCGGGGAGCUGUGCGGGGCCCUGAGCUCCCACCUGCGCCGCGUGGCCUCCGAGGCCUCCACGCACCCGGGGAUGUUCUACCUGGUGGAGACGGGCAAGGAGCCGUUCUUUGAGAGGGUGAAGGCCCUGCUGAGGAAGGAGGGUUGGGUGAGGACGGAGCCGCGGAGCUUCUGCGGGGGGAGGCGCCGGGCCGGCGACCAACUGCUCGUCAUCAUCCGCAACGAGGACAUCUCCUCCCACAUCCACACCAUCCCGGGAUUGCUGGAGCUGAAGCGCUGUCCCGGCGUGGUGUUUGCCGGGGUGGACAAUCCCGAGGAUGUCACGGGUCACACGUACCAGGAGCUGUUCCACACCGGGGGCUUCCUGGUGUCCGACCACCACGUCUUGGAAUCCAUGUCUCUGGCCCGGCUGAAGGAGGUGGUGAAGGUGCUGGAGAAGCUCAACAGGAGCGGGAGGUGGAAGUGGCUCCUUCACUACAGGGAGAGCAAGAAGCUCCGAGGAGACCUCAGGGUGGCCCCCGAUGCCCACGGGAAGCAGCUGCUCCUGAAGUGGUGCCAGGAGGAGGGGCUGGUGGAGGUGCUGCCCUUCCACGGCUGCGACUCCCCCGGCGCCCCCGAGAAGCAGCUCCUGAGGUGCCUCCUGGGGCUGCAGGUCCAGCACGUCCGGGCCAGGCUGGGCGUGUUCCUGACCCAAAACCCCGGAGCGAGGAGGGAAGUCCUGGAGAGCAAAGGGAUCCUGGUGGCCGACGUGGGCUCCUUCCUGGGCACCCUGCAGGGCGUGGCCGCUCCCUUCCGGAGGAGUUACUGGUGACAAAGCCCAGCCAGGACACGGCUCCUCCCCACGGUGGCACCAGUUGGGGCAUCCCAACCCUUCCGGGACACCCCAACCCUUCUGGGACAUCCCAACCCUUCCGGGACAUCCCAACCCUUCCGGGACACCCCAACCCUUCUGGGACAUCCCAACCCUUCCGGGACACCCCAUCCCGGCGGAUGCUCCGGGUGGCGCGGGAAGGGCCGUCCGAGUUCUACCCGGAAAACCUGACUGGGAGGUGGCCAAUCCAACCCCCCUCCCCGGGGGUUUAUUCCCUGUUCCGGGGGUUUUAUUCCCUGUUGCGGCCCAGGACCGAGGUCGUUGUAACGCAGCAGGUUAAUUAUUGGAGCGUUUCCCAGCGGUUUUAGUGCCGCUGACAUGGGAAGAAACAGGAAAAUGGAUUUCCAGAAAGCCGUUUUUACUUGAAGGAAGGUCGGGAAGGACAGUUAACCCCCCUCCCCACAGGGUAGUUCCUGUGCCCUGCCCUCCUACACUACAUUUCAGCUCACCCCCCGUUGUCUCACGGUACCAUUUCCCUGCUGGGACUCCAUCCCGGCACAUUCCAGCACCUGGAAUUCCUGUAAAUAGCCGGGAUAUAGGAAUGAAAUAAAAGCUCUUAUUUAUGGGGGCCGGGAUGGAGACGCAGGGCCGGUGUUCGUCCUCUUCUAUUUUGGGGUUUUUUUAAAUGAGAGCGUUGCAGUUGUCCUUCUGUUGGGGACGGAUUUGUAAAGAGUUUGAAUAAUAAAACCUCAAAACAAA